CUUGGUCCCCCACUCCCGUCUGGAAGGGCUGUGGCACUGGGUGAAGCGGAGCCAUCUCCAGGGACAGAGGCAAAGCCAUGUCUGAUCCAGCUCAGCUGCCUGAUCUUGGGGCAGGACCAGAAGAUGGAGGAACUUCCGCCAGUGCCCCUGAGGUGCCACCAAACUUGACCAGUAAUCGCCACCUGCAACAGACUCAAGCCGAAGUAGGACAAGUGGUGGACAUCUUGCAGGACAAUUUAAAGAAAGUCCUCGAACGAGACGUGAUCAUAAGUACCCUGGACGACAAAGCAGACUCUCUCCAUGAGAGUGCCAAAGUGUUUGAAAACAGCACGACUGCUCUGGCGAGGAAAUACUGGUGCCAGAGCAUGAAGAUGAUGAUUAUUUUGGGAGUCAUCUGUGGUAUCGUAGCCAUCGUAAUUUUAGGCGGAAGAUGUGUGUGCCGGGGGGAAACGCCAGAGUUGGUGCAAUGGGCCUGAAAGAUCCAGCCCCACAUGCCAUCAGAGGGACAGAAGCACUACCCAGAUCGAAUGCCGGAUGGUGAUGGAGUUGACAACCCAGUCAGCGCACAGGCACCUAGAUCGCUUCUGCAUACAGACUGCGUCUGCUGGUAGCCCUGUUGAGAGAGGGCUGCCUUGGCUGUGCUUCUUUCUUGCUCUCGUGGGUGUGUCCUUUCCCCUUCUCUGCCGCUGUAUCUCUUUAUGCAUAGACCAAAGUAUUCCCCAUCCUCAAACUCUCUGCACCCAAAACAAACGUCUGCUUGAAGAGACCAACUGCUCUAUUACCCCUGUGAGUAAUUUCUGCCCUUGUGUGCAGCCAUAGUUGUAAGCUUUCCGGGACCUAUGUAACAACCAGCUUAGGUCACCUGAGUGACCUCU